CACAAUCACUCAGCGGUGCCAGGACAGCAGCAUGCAGGCAGUGCUGGUGCUGUGCGUGGCCCUGAGCCUGGCAGCAAGAGCAGGGGGCGAGGAUGCAUGUGGGGGCCGCGAGGCCCCAUCCUCAUCCCACAGCAUCCCUGCGCCCCAGAUGAGUGCUGAGGACCGGCUCUCACCCCACAUGCCGGAAGCCCUGCGCUGCGACGCGUGCCACGCCAUCGCCUUCCAGCUGGAGGGGCGGCUGAGCCGUGCGGAGGCGAAGCAGGGCAGGAAGGCGCUGAGCGAGUCGGACUACGUGGAGGUGCUGGAGCAGAGCUGCUUGCAGGACUGGGAGCUUUACGGCGUGCAGGAGCUGAGAGGGGAGCGGCGGCUGAUGGGGCCGGGGCUGCCGGGACAGGAGGCGAUGAGCGUGGCAGUGAUGGGGGGCCCGUGGCCGGGCAGGCUGGCCAAGAUGUGCCACAGCCUCGUGGGAGAGCACGGCGAGGAGCAGCUGUACGGAGCGCACCGACGGGGUCCCACCGCGCUGCGGGAGCUGCUGUGCCACGGCAAGAAGGGGCCAUGCGCCCACCUGGGGGGGUCCAAGGCAGGGGGCUCGGCCCCCCCCAAGGCGCUGCAGAACGAGCUGUAGCCGGCGGCCUUCACGGGCCGUCACUGUGGAUGGUUAAUGCUUAAUGCCUGAUGACCUUUGGAGCCAACUGCGUCCUGCAGCACUGGACACACGCAGAGGGGACGCCGGGGGAGGUGGCACUGCCGGCACCACGCCGGGGACGCCGGGCUGCCGCUGUCACCAUCUCAGCUCCACAUCUGUUCGCACUCAUGGGGACAUCCCCGGUGGCACCCGUGCCCCAGCCGCGCUGUUACUCUGUAACUCUCACCUUAAUGUUUGACCGGAGUGGCGCGGGCGGCAGUGCCAGCCCUAAUUAAAGCAGUUAAUCGCUCA